UCCCCGCAUGAUCCCUUAGUUUUGAAUACCCUUACAUUCUGAUUCCACCAGUGGAAUUUACUUAUAAUUUAAAAUGUCAUCUUACAUGUAGAUUUCAGUAUCUGAAAAGGUUGUGAUUUUUUUUUUUUUGUUCUAGACACUGAAAAUUGGACCAUUUGUUUGGCUACUUUAAUUAAAAGACGUGUGUAUAACAGCCACCAAGGACAACACUAGGCCUCAGAAUCUCCUACAGGAAAGCAGAGCUCUGGAGAGAAAGGUUCUGGGGUCAAGGCCAAAUUGAUGUCCUUCAGGUCAGCUACGCUCCAGCUCUGUGCCCUCUUGCUGGGACUACUGGGGAGCACCAUGUACAUCCAGGCAGAAGACUCAGAUGCAGAUACAUGUCUGCCUAUGCCAUCUCCAAGCGAGACUUCCGAUACAAAAUACAAGGCUCUACGGAAUUUAGAAGAACAAUGUGAAAACAUGUAUUUGGAUGAACAGAGUGCAGUCACUCUGUUUUUAAAGAGCUACAGUGGACAGAUGGAACAUUGCAGAAGUGUGUAUGUAGACAUGACAGAUCCGGAAGAGAAGGCAUCCUUAUACAGUGGUCUUCACCUUCCUGCCAGUGUUGGUGGCGGCUUUUUUCUGAAUAUAUCUUGUUUGCUAAAGUCUCAGAAUGAUUUGAACUGCAGCUGGGACACAGCAGUCAUCCCUGAUGAUGCUCAGUAUUCCUCCUCUGGUUUACUCUGUAAUAUGCAAGGUGUAGUCCUGACGUCCUGGAACUGUACUACAUAUAGCCUGGGAAACCUCACAGGAUGUCAUGGAAAGACCGCUGAACAUCAAGACCGUUCCAAAAUAAUUAUACGGGUCAAUGUGUCUCUCAGUGGAUUCUGGUAUAUCCACACUGAAUUAUUUGAGAGCAAGAAGAUUGAAAAACUGGAUCCACCAAAGAUCACAAAUACCUCUUUCAAAGGGCUGUCAGGAAAUCGCAGCUUGGAAAUCCAGUGGGACAACCCUGGAGCGACACCCCCGAGGUGCCUCAACCAUGAGAUCAAGAUAAAUUAUAAGGAUAUAAGCCUUAACGAAGUUCAGAAGUUUAGUCACCUUGAGCCAAACAUAGACCAGACCAGAACAUACACUGUAUGGAUGAGAGUGGCCUGGAACUGCGUGGCGAUGGGCAUGGGUCCCUGGAGUGAUUGGAGUAAACCAAUAGUGGUGGGGCCAGACGAGGAACCCCAACCUGAAUAUAGCACUGUGAUGAUUCUGGCCAUUGUCCUCGGACUACCCAUGAUUCUCUUGGUCUUCUUGCUUGUUUUCUGUAAGCUGCGGAGGAUUAUAUGUCCACCAAUUCCAAGACCUCACAUUUGCGUCAAAAUUCUUCUCGAGAAAGAUGAUGGCAUCCAGGAAGUGCCGGAAAAACAAGCUGAGGAGAUCUGCAUUGAGCAUGUGACUGAAAUGGACGUAAGAUAAGCCAUGAGCUGACAUCUGAAGGAGGGGAAAUAACAAGACCAAAUAACUCCAAAAAUAGCGUACAAUGAAUAAUUUUUGGUAUUGAUGUAGCUAAGCAUGUUGAUGGGUGUGUCGUCAUAGCGGCUUAAUCAUGUUCUGUGAAUUUUGAAGCAAGUGUGGCAUGGAUUAUGAAUUUUGAAGUGUGGGUCUUCAUCUUUUAAAAUGGGGAAUUGUGAAGCACUCUAAAGAUAUCUUCUGAGGAAGGGUUGGCCAGUGAUCUCUGUUCUGUUGAGAACUGUGAUUUUGUAAUACACAAUUCUGUUGUAAUUGCUUUUACUUUAUCUGCGAUCUCUUUAUAAGGUUGUUUUUCACCUGAGAUUUUGAUUUGACCUAUAAAAACAAUAUGCAUUGCUUUUGCCACUUUAAAGGCCGUGUUGCAGGGUUCAUUUCCCAACGAAUUUGCUUGUUGGUAAUAAACAUUUAAACUGUUA